GUCUCUCAGCAGCCAAACUGCUGACUGAGUCAGGCUUGAACGUGGUGCUGCUGGAAGCCAAUGACAGGGUUGGUGGAAGAACUUUCACCGUAAGGAAUAAGCAAGUUAAAUAUGUGGACCUUGGAGGAGCUUACGUGGGGCCAACCCAAAAUCGUCUCCUGCGGUUAUCUAAAGAGUUAGGAAUAGAGACAUACAAAGUGAAUGAAGUUGAGCACCUGAUACACCAUGUCAAGGGUAAGUCUUACCCUUUUAAAGGUCCAUUCCCUCCUAUGUGGAAUCCAUUGGCUUACCUGGACUACAACAACCUAUGGAGGACCAUGGAUGAAAUGGGAAAGGAGAUUCCCAGUGAAGCCCCAUGGAAGGCUCCACAUGCAGAAGAAUGGGACAAAAUGACUAUGCAAGAUUUAAUAGAUAAAAUUUGCUGGACAGAUGCUGCCAAGAGUUUUGCAACUCUGUUUGUGAAUGUGGAUGUCACUUCUGAACCUCACGAGGUCUCUGCCCUUUGGUUUUUGUGGUAUGUGAAGCAGUGUGGAGGGACAACAAGGAUAUUCUCAACAACCAAUGGAGGGCAGGAGAGGAAGUUUGUUGGGGGCUCUGGCCAGAUCAGUGAGAAAAUAAUGGAGCGCCUGGGCAGCCGGGUGAAGCUGAGGAAGCCAGUGAUCCGCAUUGACCAGUCGGGUGAAAGUGUCAUAGUGGAAACCUUAGAUCAUGAGUUAUAUGAGGGCAAAUAUGUGAUCAGUGCCAUUCCUCCAGCUCUUGGCUUGAAGAUUCAUUUCAACCCACCUUUGCCACCAAUGAGAAACCAGCUCAUCAACCGAAUCCCCAUGGGCUCAGUCAUCAAAUGCAUUGUGUACUAUAAGGAAACUUUCUGGAGAAAGAAGGGGUAUUGUGGUACCAUGAUCAUUGAAGAUGAGGAUGCUGCAAUUGGUUUAACGCUUGAUGAUACUAAGCCUGAUGGCAGCUUUCCUGCCAUAAUAGGCUUCAUUCUUGCUCGGAAGUGUAGAAGACUGACAGGUCUCACAAAAGAAGAAAGGAAGACAAGGCUAUGUGAGCUCUAUGCAAAGGUUCUGGGAUCAGAGGAAGCUUUACACCCAGUGCAUUAUGAAGAGAAGAACUGGUGUGAAGAGCAGUAUUCUGGGGGCUGCUACACAGCCUACUUCCCACCAGGCAUAAUGACUCAGUAUGGAAGGAUUAUUCGGCAGCCCGUUGGCAGGAUCUAUUUUGCUGGCACAGAGACGGCCACAGAGUGGAGCGGAUACAUGGAGGGCGCUGUACAGGCUGGAGAAAGAGCAGCUAGAGAGAUACUGUUUGCUAUGAGGAAAAUCCCAGACAGUGAAAUUUGGAAGCCAGAACCUGAAUCAGUUGAUGUUCCAGCUUUGCCCAUCACUACAACCUUCUGGGAGAGGAACUUGCCAUCUGUGCCAGGACUGCUAAAGCUGAUUGGAUUUUCCACUUUCUUCACUUCUGUAGCUGCGGCAGGAUUAUUUGCUUACAAGAAAGGACUUGUGGUUCGAAACUGA